UUUUUCUGGUCGAAUAUAUUACGGGUCGAAUCCGUGAUAAUAAUACAUUGAAAAUUUCUGGUUCAACCCUUAUCCUUCUGAUUGCCCUAACUGGCACGGAAGUUCCCGGUUUUCUGGAGCAAAUAGUAAGAGGUGGAGAAAAUGGUGUCGGGGUUAAUCAACGCGAACCCUAUCAUAUACGAAAAGAAAGAGCGUCGAGCUCGCACUGCUACAUCUCUUCCCGAUGACGACUACGCUGUCGAACCAAUCGACCAACUGGAAGUUUUUGAUAUCCUUUUUCGAAUUUCGAAUUUCGUUUCGGUUUUUGUUAUUUUUAUUUGUUUUUCUCUCUUCCUAGAUAUCAAGGACCCUGAGCACCCGUACUCCUUGGAAGAGCUCAAGGUGAUUACAGAGGAAGCAAUUGAAGUCAAUGAUCAGAAUAGUUAUGUUAGGGUUACGUUUACCCCAACGGUGGAACAUUGCAGUAUGGCGACAAUUAUAGGUCUAUGCUUACGGGUCAAGCUCAUGAGAAGCUUGCCUUCGAGAUACAAGGUUGAUAUCAGAGUAGCACCUGGAUCUCAUGCAACUGAAGCUGCAGUUAACAAACAGCUAAAUGAUAAAGAGCGUGUGGCUGCUGCACUGGAAAAUCCAAAUCUUGUGGAUAUGGUUGAUGAAUGUCUUGCUCCAUCUUAUUAUUGAAGGAGCUUUAUCUACUUCCAAUGCAAUGAAACUCUAGGGGCUUUUGUGCUUGUCCUCGAAGUUGGUAGCUUUAUCUGUCUGUAUGAUAUUUUCGGUUGCUGGCAUAUUGGUCAUGCAACUCGUGCCUACUCCACGUAUUUGUAGUUUAAAUAGGAAUACGCAAUUGAAAAAUGCGAUAGUUGAGUGAGGUACCAAAGUUCUUUGAUUGUUAGCUGUAGAAAAGGAAAAUGAAAUUAUUUUUUAUGUUUUGAAGUUGAAGCUUGUGUUUCAUAGGUAAAACUAUUUAUAUACCUUGUUUGAUUGAAC